AUGGAAAAACCCAUUAACAGUACCCACAGAAACAUGGAUUCCAAUACCUUCCAGAAUGAAUUCAUUUGUUCCGUUUGCAUGAAUUACUUUAUAGACCCGGUCACCAUAGGCUGUGGGCACAGCUUUUGUAGGCCUUGUCUCUGUAUCUGCUGGGAGGAAGCCCCACAUCCUCCUAGCUGCCCUGUGUGCAGGACAACAUCACAUGAAAUAAUCUUGAAAACCAACAUCGUAUUGAAGACACGGGUGUUUCUUGCCAGACGGGCAAGACCAUACCAUUUACCCAGUUCUGCAGAAGACAUCUGUGGGAUACACAGAAAAACUAAGAACUUCUUCUGUGAGGUUGUCAAGGACGUGCUCUGUUCACUGUGCUGUAAGUCUAAGGAGCAUGUGGGUCACCGACACUGUUCCGUUGAUUGGACUGCUGAGGAAUACAGGCAAAAGCUCCUGAAGCAAAUGAGGUCUGUGUGGGAAAAGACACAAGAAAAUCAGAGAAAUCUAAACCGAGAAACCAGCGUAAUUCAAAUGUGGAUGCAUUUUGGAACCAUGUUGAAAAGGAGUGAGUCUGUGCAGCUUCACAUGCCCCAGCCUGUGAACCCAGAGCUCAGUUCCUGGCCCAUCACUGGACUGAUAGACAGGCUCAACCAAUUCCAAGUAUAUAUUUCCUGGGAAGAUGAAAUAGCCGCUUGUCGCGUGCCCCUGUUUGAAGAUCUGAGACAUUUGCUCUCUACUCCUGCUCUUCUCGAUGUUGUCCAUAAUCCAACAAGGUCAAAGUGUUUCCUCGCAUGGGGAGCCCAGCCAUUCACUUCUGGCCGACAUUACUGGGAGGUGGAUGUGGGGGGGUGUGGGAACUGGAUCAUUGGAUUUUGUAAUGAUUCCUGGACAAAGAGGAAUGACAUGAUGGUUAACUCCGAGGGGAUUUUUCUACUUUUCUGUGUCAAGGAGGAGACUUGCUGCCGUCUCUUUACCUCCUCCCCACUCCUGCCUCACUACGUGGAAAGGCCUCUCGGCCCCGUAGGGGUGUUCCUGGAUUAUGAAUGUGGUACACUGAGCUUUGUUAAUGCAGCCCAUAGUUCCCUCAUCUGUAGUCUCUUCUCCUGUUCCUUCUCUUCUUCUCUGCGACCUUUCUUUUGCGCUGGAACCACAUGA